GGAAGAUGCAAGAGUGCGGGUGUGCCUUCCAUGUCCUGCGCACGCUCGCCCGUGUCGAGGAGCUCACCACGUCGUCCCAAGUCCCGCUCGAGACGGCGCUCCAGGUCACGUCGACGGCCGAGCGCCCCAGCCUUGCCGUGCUGAGCUGUGAGCGCUGCCGGCAACAGCGGCUGCCGCUGACUGCCGUUACCAUUCUCUGUGCCCAUCUGGUCGACUGGCUGUGUCGGCUGUGGAACCUCACCGACGACGACGCCAGCGAUACGUCGACCGACAGCGGCAGCACCACAAGCAACACGAUUCCCUCGAGCACCGCCAGCACCGCCAGCACCGCCAGCAACCACCCGGAUAGCCAGCAUCCGCUCCAGCCCUGGAAGUUUUCUCUCGGCAGCUACCAUCUCGCGGCCGACGAAGCCGAUGCACUCAGCAACGAGCUCAUGACACUGCGUCUGACGGGCUUCUCGGCCGUCCUGGGCUCGCUGGAAGCCGCCCUCGUCACGUCAGGACUCACGCCCUCCCUGUCGUCCUCUUCGCCGCCCGAGCGAUGCCCCAGCGGCAGCGGCAUAACCGCCUCCGACUUGGCGGCCUUUGCCCCGGCCUGCCUAGACAUUGUCCGCGCCAAUCUCCGCCUAGUACGCACAUGCAUCCGCCGCCUCAAGGACCGGUCGCUGCUGAGCACCAGCGGAGCCAAUCCCAUCUUCUCGUGACCGACGUGUUGACGGCGACGUGGACGACGACGUGGACGGGGACCACAUGGAAAGAGUCGGUGUCCCGGGAGUUUGAGGAGAAGCGCAUCUGAGACUUUGCAUUAUACCCCAUGGCGCAUACGGAGCCAAAAUGUAUCAAUAUCCAGAAUAGACCUAAUUGCCACGGCCCAUGUUGAAAUCUGGUGAACGGGGUGGAAUGGGGCUUCUUUUUUGUUUUGUUUUGUGUAGAUUACUGUCGACGGUUCUGGGUUUGACAUGAAAUGGUGGGGGCAUCAGGGGCAGCUGGAUACAAUAGAGGGAGUUUGAUUGCAGCAUCA